AGGGAGGAGAACGGGCGGCAGAGCGCGGGGCCGGCUCCGGGCAGCGCGGGGGUCCCUGCCGGCCAUGCGCCCCCCGGGCCGGCCGGGGGGGCCGCCGGGGGACGGGGGGCUCCGCUGAGCCCCAGCCAUGGAGCCGCGCCGCUGGCCGCUGCUCUGGGGCGUCCGCGCGGUGCUGGUGCACCUCACCGUGCUCACGGCGGGGCAGCGCCCGCAGGAGAGACCCCCGCGGCCGGCGGGAUGGUCGCCGGGCCCCUCAUCCUCGUGGGCGCCCACCCUGGAGCCGGGAGCGCCGGGGGACGCCGAGGGCUCGGCGGCAGCGCUGGCGUUCCUGCGCACGGGGGAUGCCCAGCGCCUGGCCCGGGCCAACUGCAGCGGGGGGGUCGCGGCGGGACCCCCCGGCCCGGGGCCCCCCCCGGCCCUGCGAGCCGCCCUCCGGGCCGCCCCCGAGGCGCUGGCACACACCGCCAACUUCCUCAACAUGCUCUUCCAGACCAACGACAUCCGCGAGGCCAGCGUGGCCGAGGACGUGGAGUGGUACCAGGCGCUGGUCCGCAGCCUGGCCGAGGGGCACCCGUGGGUGCGCCGGGCCGUGCUGGCCCUCGACGCCCACCCGCUGGCCCCCAAGCCCCGGCUGAUGCUCCAGGCCACCAAGGGGGACGGGCAGAUCCUGCUGCAGGACGUCUCGGCCUCCGCCCCCAGCCUGGGCAACCUCAGCUGGGACAACGAGUGGUUCAACGCCCUCAAGUCCCAGCAGACCCCCCAGCUCCGCAAGCGCGUGCUCAGCAACGACCUGCGCAGCAUGGAGACCCCCAAGUGGCAGCGGGGGGACAGCUACGUGGGGGACCCGGGCCACGUGAGGUGGUCGCCGCCGUUCCUGGAGUGCCGGGAGGGCAGGUUCCUGCCCGCCUGGGCGGUCACGCUCUCCUCCGCCUUCUACGGGCUCAAGCCAGACCUCAGCCCCGAGUUCAAGGGUGUGGUGCGGGUGGACGUGGAGCUGCGGGAUGUGGCCAUCGACCAGUGCGCCAGCGGGCCGGGCUGGUUCUCUGACACACAUCGCUGUGACCUCAACAGCACCCAGUGUGUGCCCCAGGAGAGCCGUGGCUUCGUCCUCGGGAGGUACCUGUGCCGGUGCAGGCCGGGCUUUUACGGGGCCGGCGGAGUGGCCAGCGGUGCCUGGGCAGGGCCGGACGGGGGGUCCCGCCUGGCAUGCUGGCCCUGCCGCCCGGGCUGUGCCACCUGCGAGGAUGACAAGCCGUGCCUGAUCCAGGAGGACCCGGUGCUGCGGGCGGCCGUGCUGUCGUGCCAGGCCUGCUGCAUGCUGGCCAUCUUCCUCAGCAUGCUCGUCUCCUACCACUUCAGACGGAGCAAGAGGAUCCGGGCAUCGGGAAUCAUCCUCCUGGAGACCAUCCUCUUUGGAUCCCUCCUCCUCUACUUCCCCGUGUUCAUCCUGUACUUCAAGCCGAGCAUCUUCCGCUGCAUCGUCCUGCGCUGGGUGCGGAUGCUCGGCUUCGCCACCGUCUACGGCACCAUCACCCUCAAGCUGUACAGGGUGCUGAAGGUGUUCCUGUCCCGCUCGGCCCAGCGGGCGCCCUACGUGUCGAGCGGGCGGGUGCUGAAGUUGCUGGCGCCCAUCCUGCUCCUGGUGCUGUGGUUCCUGGCGGCCUGGACCAUCGGGAUGCUGGAGAACGUCAGCAAGAACAUCCCGCUGGUGAUCCGCACCCAGACCACCCACGGGCUGCACUUCUACAUCUGCGGUCACGACUGCUGGGACUACAUGAUGGUCAUUGCCGAGAUGCUGUUCCUGCUGUGGGGCAGCUUCCUGUGCUACGCCACCCGGGCCGUGCCCUCCGCCUUCCACGAGCCCCGCUACAUGGGCAUCGCCCUCCACAACGAGCUCAUGAUCUCCGCUGCCUUCCACGUGGUCAGGUUCAUCAUCAUCCCCUCCCUGCAUCCUGACUGGACUCUGCUCCUCUUCUUCGCUCACACCCACGGCACCGUCACCAUGACCCUGGCCCUGCUCUUUAUCCCCAAGUUCCUGCACAGGGGCUCUCCGCUGCGGGAGGAGAUCACGGCCGAGGUGUACGAGGACGAGCUGGACAUGCGGCGCUCGGGCUCCUGCCUGAACAGCAGCAUCGCGUCCGCCUGGAGCGAGCACAGUCUCGACCCCGAUGACAUUCGGGAGGAGCUGAAGAAGCUCUACCGGCAGCUGGAGGUGCACAAGACGUGGCGGAUGGCGACCAACAACCCCCACCUGCCCAGGAAGCGCAGCUCCCGCCGCAGCCUCGCCCGCUCCAUCCUGCGCCGCGGGGCCGAACCGCCCGAGGCCCCGUCCCGCCGGAGCAGCGCCGGGGACCGCGGGAGCAUCCCGGGCCGCCGCGGCUCCUCCGCCAGGCGCCCGCUGGACGCCGGCGGCACCGGCGUGAGGAUGCGGGACGAGGGAUCCCGGCGCCGCUCCUCGGCCCUGCGCAAGUCCCGCAGCUCCGAGGGGCCCCCCCGAGGGUCGCCCGGCCCCGGCAUCCUCCCCGCCGAGGAGCCCUCGCCGGGGAGGGAGGAGAUGGACGUGACCUUGGAGCGAUCCGACAGCGACUCCCUGGACGCCGCCCCGCUCGUGUGCAAGUCGGCCAGCGCCCAAAACCUGUCGGGGCACUGGCAGAGACCCCCGGCCCGGGCGCCCGCCCUGCAGAAGUCACACAGCGUCGUCACCGGGGCGCGGGAGGAGGCCCUGCUGGCGGCCAGCAGAGCCGCCCGGGAGGGCUGGCACAGCAGCAGGCAGCUCUCAGCCCCGGCCUCGAGGCACCCUCCCGGCCGUGCCCCUCCCGGGGACGCCGGGAAGGCCAAAAUCCCCGGCAAGAGCUGCUCCCAGGAGGACACGUCCCCCCUGGGCGAUGCCAAGGUGCAGAAACACGUCACCUACGCGCCCACCAAGAGCGUCAGCAUCGACAGCGCCCACCCGCCCAGGAAGGUGCGGGUGGCCGUGAGGAAAACGCCCCCCGUGCCCCCCGUCCGCUACGAGAGCCUGGGGAGGCACUCGGUGCCCGCUGGGGACUCCCUGGAGCCGGCGGAGCCACCGCGGGACCCCCCGGCACCGGCGGGAGAGGCGGAGGGGACACCGGAGGGGACACCGGAGGGACACCCGGGGCGCUCGUCCCCCCCCGCGGGGAAGGGCGGGCUGCUGAGCCCACCCCCCAUCUCGGCACAGGUCUGUCCCUGGGAGCUGAUCCAGGACGAGAUCCUGAGCAGGAAACAAAAAGCCGCCGAGGCAGCAGACUCGGGGAGCGCCGGUGACACGGAGACCCCCGAGCCCAAACCGCCCCCCGCCAAGACCUUCCGGAGCCUGGGCCUGGCCAUCAAAGCCCUGAACCGCUCCCGGGGGAAGAGCGUCCUCAGAGGGAGGAGGGAGAGCGAGGGGAGCUUCAGGAAGAGGGGGAGCAGCAGGAGGGAGAAGUCCAGCCUGGCCGAGGCUUCAGCCACGUCCCUCGGGGGGACCGGCCCGGCCCCCCCUGCCAAAAGCCCCGAGGGGGGCAGGCAGAGGCCAGAGCCCCCCAGCCGUGGGUACACGGUGCCCUGCCAGCACAACAACAACGCUGCCACCCCCGGGGAAGCCACGGGCUGGGGGGACAGCGGGACAGAAGGACACUGGGACGGUCUGGCGCCAGGGACAGCUGGUGGGGAUGAAGUGGCAGAGCAGCCCAGUGGGAAAACACAGGUGGAGCCCCAGGAAGGGGAUGGGGCUCCUGGGGCGGAUCCAGGGAAGGAUGCUCCUGCAGUGGAUCCAGGGAAGGAUGCUCCUGCAGUGGAUCCAGGGAAGGAUGCUCCUGCAGUGCAUCCAGGGAAGGAUGCUCCUGCAGUGCAUCCAGGGAAGGAUGCUCCUGCAGUGCAUCCAGGGAAGGAUGCUCCUGCAGUGGAUCCAGGGAAGGAUGCUCCUGCAGUGCAUCCAGGGAAGGAUGCUCCUGCAGUGCAUCCAGGGAAGGAUGCUCCUGCAGCGCAUCCAGGGAAGGAUGCUCCUGCAGUCACGCUGGAGGAAGGAACAGCCAAAGGGCUCCAGAGGACCAGCGGGUCCAUCCAGCCCCAGGAGCACACGGAGGAGGAGCAGCCACCUGCAAAGCCCGCCCCAAGCAGCCCCCAGCCCUCCACCACCAGCGUGCAGGGAGAGGCCAGGGGGAAGCCGGGGGCUGGGGCUUUUCCCCCAGGAUCCCUUGGAAUCCCAGCGGGAAGGGGAGCCCUGCUGCGCCAAGAGGCCGUUGCUUCCCGGGAGGACGGGGGGCUCCUGGUGGGUGAGGAGAGCCCGGCCAAGGUGCUGGAAAAGGGGAGCAGCCAAGCUGAGCCCCUCGGUCCUGGGGGGAGCCGGGACACUGCCAGAGCCUGGGAUGCAGCGGGGAAAGCUGGGAGUGUGCCCAAACCUUCAUCCCAUGGAUCCGUGGACAGCACAAAGGCCACCAUCUGUCCGUGGGAAGUGGAGGAUGAGCCACGUCCUAGAACAGAAAUCUGCCCCUGGGAAGAGGCUGCAGCUCCAGCAGGGAAGGAGGGAUUGAGGCAGGACACCUCCAAAAGGGAAGGCAAGCCAGGAUCCAGAGGAGUGGGAGAUACCAAAGCAAGGACGGGCGGCCGUUGGGAACAGCGCGGGGACACCGGGAUGUUUGCAGAGCUCGUCAGGAAAAGCCUGGAAAAAGCUGAGUCCAAGAAAUCCCAGAGUAUGGAGAGCAUAAAGGAGGAGAUCUGUCCCUGGGAGAGCCUGGGCACCGAGAAGCCCCCGGAACAACCCCCUGCCAGGAGCACAGCACUGCCCAAAUCACCUUCCAAGAAAUCCCAGAGCACGGAGAGCCUGAAGGCAGAGAUCUGUCCUUGGGAGGAUCAGGAGCCCAAAUCCAGUGACAAAGCCAACAUCUGUCCCUGGGAAGGGGCUGAACCUCCAUCAGGUAAAGAGAAACUCAGACCAUCCACUGUGAGCAAAAGCCCUUCUGCAAGUCGGGGUCUCUUGAAAGAAACUGGAGUUGGUGCAUCUGGAAAGGAGGAGAAAGCAAAGAGAGACCGGGAGUCCGUCUGUCCCUGGGAGAGCACAGACAUGGAGCAGCCACAGGCCAAACCCCACACUGGGAGCAUACAGCCAUCAAAGAAAUCAGCAGAGAUCUGUCCCUGGGAGGAUCAGGAGCCCAAAUCCAGUGACAAAGCUGAAAUCUGUCCCUGGGAGAGCACGGAGCAGCCCCCGGGCAAAGCCCGUGCAGGGAGCACAGAGCCUUCCAAGAAAUCCCAGAGCAAGGAAAGCCUGAAGGCAGAGAUCUGUCCUUGGGAGGAUCAGGAACCCAAAUCCAGUGACAAAGCUGAAAUCUGUCCCUGGGAAGGGGCUGAACCUCCCUCCCAGCAGCCAAAGGCAAAGCAGGUUUCCCAGGGGGGCUCCAGGGGGGACAAGCGCAUCACGCGCCAGGCAGCGCUGGCCAGCCCAGAGAGAUCCCCAGGGAAGGGCAGCAGGGACAGGGAGGCUGUGUGUCCCUGGGAGAGCCUGGGCACACAGGAACCCUCGGGAACAUCCCAUGUCGUGGGCACAGGGCUGCCCAAGUCACCUUCGGGGAAAUCCCAGAGCGUGGAGAGCCUGAAGGCAGAGAUCUGUCCUUGGGAGGGUCAGGAGGUCAAAUCCAGUGACAGGGCAGAAAUCUGUCCCUGGGAGGGGGCUGAAGCUCAGCUGGAGAAAGGAGCAGCCCCAGGGAAGGACAGAGUCCCACCAAAAGAAGUGGCCACCUCCAAACCUGUGGAGAAGGGGAGCAGAGACCGUGAGUCCAUCUGUCCCUGGGAGAGCACGGACAUGGAGCAGCCACAGGCCAAACCCCGUGCAGGGAGCACAGAACCUUCAAAGAAAUCCCAGAGCAAGGAAAGCCUGAAGGCAGAGAUCUGUCCUUGGGAGGCCCAGGAGCCCAAAUCCAGUGACAGAGCAGAAAUCUGUCCCUGGGAGAGCACGGAGCAGCCCCCGGGCAAAGCCCGUGCAGGGAGCACAGAGCCUUCCAAGAAAUCCCAGAGCACGGAGAGCCUGAAGGCAGAGAUCUGUCCUUGGGAGGAUCAGGAGCCCAAAUCCAGUGACAAAGCUGAAAUCUGUCCCUGGGAGAGCACAGACACAGAGCAGCUCCUGGGCAAAGCCCGUGCAGGGAGCACAGAGCCUUCCAAGAAAUCCCAGAGCGUGGAGAGCCUGAAGGCAGAGAUCUGUCCUUGGGAGGGUCAGGAGGUCAAAUCCAGUGACAAAGCAGAAAUCUGUCCCUGGGAGGAGACUGAACCUCAGCUGGAGAAAGCAGUGGCCCCAGGGAAGGACAGAGGCCCACCAAAGUCCUCCAAACCUGUGGAGAAGGGGAGCAGAGACCGUGAGUCCGUCUGUCCCUGGGAGAGCACGGACAUGGAACAGCCACAGGCCAAACCCCACACUGGGAGCAUACAGCCAUCAAAGAAAUCAGCAGAGAUCUGUCCUUGGGAGGCCCAGGAGCCCAAAUCCAGUGACAAAGCUGAAAUCUGUCCCUGGGAGAGCACGGAGCAGCCCCCGGGCAAAGCCCGUGCAGGGAGCACAGAGCCUUCCAAGAAAUCCCAGAGCAAGGAAAGCCUAAAAGCAGAGAUCUGUCCUUGGGAGGAUCAGGAGCCCAAAUCCAGUGACAAAGCUGAAAUCUGUCCCUGGGAGGGGGCUGAACCUCCCUCCCAGCAGCCAAAGGCAAAGCAGGUUUCCCAGGGGGGCUCCAGGGGGGACAAGCGCAUCACGCGCCAGGCAGCGCUGGCCAGCCCGGAGAGAUCCCCAGGGAAGGGCAGCAGGGACAGGGAGGCUGUGUGUCCCUGGGAGAGCCUGGGCACACAGGAACCCUCGGGAACAUCCCAUGUUGUGGGCACAGGGCUGCCCAAGUCACCUUCGGGGAAAUCCCAGAGCGUGGAGAGCCUGAAGGCAGAGAUCUGUCCUUGGGAGGGUCAGGAGGUCAAAUCCAGUGACAGGGCAGAAAUCUGUCCCUGGGAGGGGGCUGAAGCUCAGCUGGAGAAAGGAGCAGCCCCAGGGAAGGACAGAGUCCCACCAAAAGAAGUGGCCACCUCCAAACCUGUGGAGAAGGGGAGCAGAGACCGUGAGUCCGUCUGUCCCUGGGAGAGCACAGACAUGGAGCAGCCACAGGCCAAACCCCGUGCAGGGAGCACAGAACCUUCAAAGAAAUCCCAGAGCAAGGAAAGCCUGAAGGCAGAGAUCUGUCCUUGGGAGGCCCAGGAGCCCAAAUCCAGUGACAGAGCAGAAAUCUGUCCCUGGGAGAGCACGGAGCAGCCCCCGGGCAAAGCCCGUGCAGGGAGCACAGAGCCUUCCAAGAAAUCCCAGAGCACGGAGAGCCUGAAGGCAGAGAUCUGUCCUUGGGAGGCUCAGGAGCCCAAAUCCAGUGACAAAGCUGAAAUCUGUCCCUGGGAAGUGGCUGCACCUCAGCUGGACAAAGGAACAGCCCCAGGGAAGGACAGAGUCCCACCAAAGCCCUCCAAACCUGUGGAGAAGGGGAGCAGAGACCGUGAGUCCGUCUGUCCCUGGGAGAGCACGGACACGGAGGAUCUCUCCCUGAAAACUGUAAUGGAGAAGGAGCCAUCCAAGAAAUCCGACAGCACGGAGAGCAGGAAAUCCGAAAUCUGCCCCUGGGAAGCAGCAGAGCCCACGGGGUGGGAGAAGGAAAGCUCCAAAGCAGGUGUGCACCCAUGGGGAGCUGACAGAACAUCCCACCCCAGGAUGGGAAAGCCAAAGCCGGUGGCAGGAGCCAGCGUUGGGUCUCCAACUGCCCUGCUGGAAAAAUCCAAGGGCAGCUCUGAUGGGGAGGCCAAGCACAAGCCCCUGUGCCGGCUCCUGCCCAGCCUCCAGCCCCCAGGGACGGGCAGCAGCUCCAGCCCUGGCACUGGCCUGGCUGAGGUUUGUCCCUGGGAAGCAGAAGAGGCUCCAUCAGCACCUGCCAAGCCCAGCACAGACACAAGGAAAAGCUCGGAGGUGUGUCCCUGGGAAGAGGAGGGUGUGGAUCCCACCCCGACCCACCAUGGCCAGAGCAGAGCCAGGGGGACCCCCCGGGAUGGGGAGGGGGGUGAGAGGGAAACCCAGCCCGAGGUGUGCCCGUGGGAUCACCAGUAGCCCCAUCCCUAAAUCCCAGGGCAGACGUGGCUUUCGGGGAGGGAAAGGCUGGGGCUGGAGGCUGCUCCCACCUGCAGAGCCCCCGUGCUUGGCCCGAGGUCUUUGCUGGUCCAACACCAACGUCAGGACGUGUAAAUACAGCAAAUAAAGGGUGUUGUUACAGAGUG